AUUCUCUUCUUCAUAUUUCUCUGCCUAUUCUUCCUUUGAGUACUCUGUAUACUCCUCUGUUUCAAAUCUCCUCCUCCUCCUCCUCCUCCUCCUCUUUACCUUCACAUUAACAUCUUAACACUUGGCUCUUUUUAGACGCCAUAAUAUCCACAAAUGGUGAGUUUCUUAGAAGAGAGAGCGAAGAAUAUGGGUGGUGGUGGUCAAAAUAUAAUGACUGAUGCAAAAUCUGUCCUCAACAUGUCAAUCACAGUGACAGUAUCAGCACAAAAGCCGCCAGCACCUCAUGGUUAUAUCUCCAUUUCAACAAAGAGGUUGCUGCACAACCUUGAAAUCAAUGCUGGGGCAAGAGCUAGUGUAUGGGUUGAUUCCAUGAGAGCUUCUUCACCAACUCAUAAAAAAUCCACACCUGAUGAUCAAGGUUCCUGGAAUCUACACCAUCCAUCUGCCCUGGAGAUGUUUGAGCAGAUAAUAGAUGCAUCGAAAGGGAAACAAAUAGUAAUGUUUCUGGACUACGAUGGCACACUUUCACCAAUUGUUGAGGAUCCAGAUCGAGCUUUCAUGUCCAACAAGAUGAGAAGGACAGUGAGAAAGCUAGCAAAGUGUUUUCCUACUGCCAUAGUGAGUGGCAGAUGCAGAGACAAGGUGUAUAAAUUUGUGAAAUUAGCUGAACUGUACUACGCUGGAAGUCAUGGCAUGGACAUUAAAGGGCCAAAGAAACGUUCCAAAACUGACAAAGUGACAGAACAUGUUCUUUUCCAACCAGCAAAUGAAUUUCUUCCCAUGAUCGACGAGGUUUACAAACAAUUGGUUGAGACCACCAAAUCAACUCCAGGAGCUAAGGUGGAGAACAACAAGUUCUGUCUCUCUGUACACUUCCGUUGUGUUGAUGAAAAGAAAUGGAGUGAACUGGCACAACAGGUUAAGUCAGUUUUAAAGAAGUACCCCAAGCUACGACUAACUCAAGGUAGAAAGGUUCUUGAAAUCCGUCCUACAAUUAAAUGGGACAAAGGGAAAGCCCUUGAAUUUUUAUUAGAAUCUCUUGGAUUCGCUAACUGUACUGAUGUUUUCCCUGUCUAUAUCGGAGAUGAUCGCACAGAUGAAGAUGCAUUUAAGAUAUUGAGAGACAGAGGACAAGGUUUCGGAAUUCUUGUCUCAAAGUACCCCAAAGACACCAAUGCAUCAUAUUCUUUACAAGAACCAGAUGAGGUUAUGGAUUUUUUACAGCGUCUGGUUGAAUGGAAACAAUUAUCUAUGGGAGCUUAAUACAAAAUCUAAAAAUUAGGAAGAUAUGGAAAAAUAUUUGUCCACCCUAGCAAACGGAAAUAUAAAGGGUUGGGACGAGAUUAUGUAGUAAAUUCUUGUUCAAGAUAAAGAAAAAUGAACAAGAAAAAAAAGAAUAUAUAUAUAUAUAUAAUACAUGUAUUGUAUCUUUAGGCUUGAAGGCCUUGCACAUCUUGUAACUAGCAUGGUACAAGGGUAAUGACUUGUAGCUUCAUAAUUCGUCUAUUAUGCAAAGAAAUGUUACUCUCCUUGUUUA